UGAGAGCGCCCAGCCCGCAGGCAUCUACCAGCCUCACCGAACGGAGCACGAUGCGUGGGGCUGGCCACCAGAACAUCAGGAGAGAUGGACAAGCCACUCAUCAGCCACCACCUGGUGGACAGUGAUGGCAGCCUUGCUGAGGCCCCCAGUGAGGUCCCCAAAGUGGGCAUCCUGGGCAGCGGGGACUUUGCCCGCUCCCUGGCUACACGCCUGGUGGGCUCCGGCUUCAGCGUGGUGGUGGGGAGCCGCAACCCCAAACGCACGGCAGGGCUGUUCCCCUCAGCAGCACAAGUGACUUUCCAGGAGGAGGCAGUGGGGUCCCCAGAGGUCAUCUUUGUGGCUAUGUUCCGGGAACACUACUCCACACUAUGUGGUCUCAGUGACCAGCUGGCCGGCAAGAUCCUGGUGGACGUGAGCAACCCCACAGAACAGGAGCACCUUCUGCACCAUGAGUCCAAUGCCGAGUACCUGGCCUCCCUCUUCCCCACCUGCACAGUGGUCAAGGCCUUCAAUGUCAUCUCUGCCUGGACCCUGCAGGCUGGCCCAAGGGAUGGAAACAGGCAGGUGCCCAUCUGCAGUGACCAGCCAGAAGCCAAACGCACCAUCUUGGAACUGGCGCAGGCCAUGGGCUUCACCCCCGUGGACAUGGGGUCCCUGGCCUCGGCCCGAGAGGUGGAGGCCAUGCCCCUGCGCCUCCUCCCAGGCUGGAAGGUGCCUGCUCUCCUGGCCCUGGGGCUCUUCGUCUUCUUCUACACCUACAACUUCAUCCGGGAUGUGCUGCAGCCCUACCUGCAGGAGGGCAAGAACAAGUUCUACCAGCUGCCUGUGUCCGUGGUCAACACAACGCUGCCCUGCGUGGCCUACGUGCUGCUGUCGCUGGUGUACCUGCCCGGCGUGGUGGCGGCGGCCCUGCAGCUGCGCCGCGGCACCAAGUACCGCCGCUUCCCCGACUGGCUGGACCACUGGCUGCAGCACCGCAAGCAGAUCGGCCUGCUCAGCUUCUUCUGCGCCGCCCUGCACGCGCUCUACAGCUUCUGCCUGCCGCUGCGCCGUUCCCACCGCUACGAGCUGGUCAACCAGGCCGUCAAGCAGGUCUUGACUGAUAAAAGUCACCUCUGGAUCGAGGAGGAAGUCUGGCGGAUGGAGAUCUACCUGUCCCUGGGGGUGCUGGCCCUCGGCACGCUGUCCCUGCUGGCUGUCACCUCACUGCCGUCCAUCGCAAACGCACUCAACUGGAGGGAGUUCAGCUUUGUUCAGUCCACGCUGGGCUUUGUGGGCCUGGUGCUGAGCACCCUGCAUACGCUCACCUACGGCUGGACCCGCGCCUUCGAGGAGAGUCGCUACAAGUUCUACCUGCCCCCCACCUUCACACUAACCCUGCUGGUGCCCUGCGUUGUCAUCCUGGCCAAAGGCCUGUUUCUCCUGCCCUGCUUCAGCCGCAGGCUCUCCAAGAUCCGGAGGGGCUGGGAGAAGGAUGGCGCCGUCAAGUUCACGCUGUCAGUGGACCACGCCCUGGCCCAGAAGACAAGCCACGUGUGAGGUGCCCGCCCCCAGCUCUGGAAGCCAGACACAGGCAGGACAGCGCCCAGAGCCUCUCAGGACUUCUCGCCUUGAUCACGUAGGACAGCAGAAUUACACACAGAUUGGUGGGCUGAGGUCUGAAUUCCUGGGACGUGUGUGGUAAUAUUCAGAAUGACACACCUGUGUGUGAUACGUAUGUCCAUAUGUAUUUCAUAUAUAUAACAGGAUUUGCAAUUAUACUUACUUAGCUAAAAAGUUGAGUCCCUGAGAUUUCAACCUGUAGAUUUAAAAGCAAGUGUCAGAUGUUCGGAGGACAGCAGCUCACACUACUGUGACAUUUACAGGGAGAUGCACAGGCUUUUUGCACAGAAAAGGCAGUGAGAGGCUUGUACUCCGGUGGAUUCCAUCUAUCUGCGCACCUCCCCGCCCGCCCCUUUUUGCUACUUUCCCAAGGCUUUUGCAGAGCUGGGGCUCUAAGGUGGCAGGACAGACAAGAGCUCUGCCUGGAGCCCAGUUUGGGUGCACAGGGCCGACAAGCGACCAGUGAGCAGGGGGUGCAGCUCCUUCUUUGGCUGCAGCAGGAGGCCAGGCGGGACUGAGGGCACUUGGGGUGAGCCUGUGUCCGUCCUGGGUGCCACCUGGAGGUCCAUCCUUUGCCAGGUUGCAGGGUAGGAAGCGGGAGGGAUUGGAGCUGAGCCUGCUCCCCCUAAUUCUCCCCAAGCUGGGAGAUCUCUCCCUGAAAGUCUGAAGUCACCACGGCAGCUGCAAAUUGAUCCUCCUGUGGGAGUGUUGAAGUCACCUCCUUGCCAGAACCACUAAUGAACCCUGUCUUGAGAACACGGGUAAUUUCUUUCCUUCCUUUCAGUUGGUGAUGACCGUUCUUUAAACCGCUGUGCCUUCUCAUCUUGUGAAUCAUUAGUUUGAAUGUCUCCCAGGACGGCCUAGAGCAGACCCUUUAAAAGUUGGUUCGGGGGAGGGGAAAACAAGACCCAGAGCGCUCAGCAUGUGACAGCCCCGCCUUCCUUGGGACCCCAUCCAGAGGGCUGAAGGAUGGACUGUCCUCACUGAACUGGUUCUGUGGAAGGACACUGGGGACCUCUUCAAAUAUCUUCUGCUGCUACCGGGCAGAGAACCUGCCUUCCCAGCACCCUGAAAACCACCCUGGCUCCAAGUUCCCCCUGAUGCAGGGUUAUGUUUCAGAAUAGCUGGAAGGGUCUUUUCCUCCAAAGCCACAAAUUUGAAACACUGCUACUCGAAAGCACAAGAGGCUGCAGGACGUGUAUCCUUGAAUCACAUGCCAUCCCUCACUGAUUCAUACUGAAACUGUUUUUAUUUCCCCUGUAGAGAGAAUCAGCUGUUCUCGGCUGAGCCCCCAACCCAUGGCAGAAUCAGGAUGAUGUGUCAUCUUUGAACACAAAGGGGUGCGGUCCUGAUGGAGGACAUCAGUGAGACGUACCCAGGAUGGGGGUGUUGGUCACGCUUAUAUUCUUAGGUCUCCUGGGCCAGAGGGCAUCUUAGGAUGGAAUAGAGUCAGCUGGCAAAAGCUGACCCAAGAGCGCCACAGGAGAGGAUGCUCCUGCCUCACCACAGAGACUGCACUAGCUCAUGGCUGUGAAGCACAUUAGGGUCCUGUAGCGAAAAGGGAAAAAAGAGCCAAGUGCAAGCAUAUCUCAUUGGGCCAGUGACUGAUGGAGGCAAGGCAGUGCAGGCAAAGCUGCCUGCUUCCUGCACAUGUUUUCCACCUACGGCUCAAAGGCUAAGCAGCACAAGCUUGCCUCCCAGAUGGGCCCUGAUGGAGUGGCAGCCUUGGCCUCAGAGAGGCUUGCUGGAAAGGAGGCAGGCAAAGCAGACAUGUCAGCAUUUGCUUGACAAAAUGAGGGCCCAUCGAUUUCCUGCUGAUAGCAAGCAGGGAGAACAUGGGCAGCUGGGACCCACCAAGGAUUAUCAACCCCGGUCAGUACUGGCUGCCCUUUAUCUCUGGCCCUCCCCAGGCCCAGGAUGCUUCUUUAUACCAAAGAUGCUGACACAGAGCCAAGUUUCAUGUGCUCCCUUCCCUUCCCCACCCACCUCCUGCUGCAGGUGCCCCUCAGGAGGGGACAGGUGCAAUAGAGGACCUGGUCACCCCCAAACUGGACAAUCAGCUCAUGAAAGGCAGGGUGGGCUGUGUGCUUGGCCUUGACCUGGUGUCUCCUCUUCCCUACCUCAUCAGGCAGCUGGCGACAGCACCCCCAUGAGAGCAAGUCACUCCCUUACAGCCUGGGAAAUUCUGUGCGCCUCUGGGUACAAAAGUGCCUGAACCAAAGUGCUCUGGAAACCCUAAAUGCCAUGGUCUGAGGUUGAACGUUUAAAAUCUAUGCUAUUGGAACUGUUUGUGUAUUUUGUUUUUACCUUGUAGAGCUUGUCUGAGAAGCAGCAAAAAUAAACACCUAACUUCCCGUGAAUUUCAGGCUUUUAUUUCUGUUGCACUGAUCACCUGCCUAUUCAUUCGUUCAUUGGCCUGGUUUGCUCUGAGUCAGGCAGCAUGCAAAGUGAGCACAGAAUGAUCUGGGCUAGAGCUCACCUCUGGGGAAGGGACAUGCAGACCUGCAGAGCCAAGGCCAGUAAGGAUAUGGACGAGAUCCAGGUGACAGUGCCAGGGUAUGUUAAAGGAGUACCAGGAAGGCUUCCUGGAGGGAGCAGUGUCUGUGCUGUGGUCUGAAGGCCGUGGCUUCAAUGCAGGUUAGAGCAGCAGUGCCUCUCAAACUGUCAUGCACACAGGAGUUGCAUAAGGAUCUUGUUCAAACACAGGUUUGGAUUCAUGGGUCAGGGAUGAGGCCCGGGACUGUGCAUCUCUAAUAAGUUCCCAGGUUACACACAUGGUAUUGAUCCUCAGACAGAGCAACAAGGGCUUAGACAGCUUCCUUUGUCUCUGCUGUGCUAUAGUCUAUGGCCCACAGACCAGUGCAUCUCUGCCCCAUUAAGCUUCCUCUGGACUCUAGUUCCCUGGCUGCCCUGAUGAGAUAUGCCUCUGUCUACUGCUGCUGCUAGCCCCUUGUUCUCUUAAAGUCAGAGGAGGAAAACACUCCACCAGAGCCACAGCCUUGCACUCUGUGUGCUCUGUGUAGGAUGCCCCCAAGUAGACCCACAUAUCAGCCCUGGGUCCAUCAGGAAAACAGGAACUCUUCACAGAACACCCACCUGUCAUGCAGUCAAGCUUUUCUACUGAAGCAACCAGAAAUGUCUUACUGUACUGGGAAAUAAAAAGGAAACCCACAGGCAGAAAGCAGUCUAGUGACUAAAAACCAUUUCUUGGGAACAAUAACCAAAAGAUGGCUUUGCCAUUUUGAGCCCAUGGAAAGAGUUUUCCAAAAUAAGAAACAUGGCCAGAAAAAAACUUCACAACAAAUAAUUUUCGAAAAGAAAAAAAUAAUCUUGUGCUCGAAGGUUUGUUUUUCUACUCUGCAUCCUCCCACGCAUAAUGCUGGAAGAAAUAAGUUUAAAAGGAAGUGAUAAAAUCAGU